AUGGAUACAACAACUUCUUCCCCUUCCGUUUAUGAUUAUCCAGUCCAAGCAUUGACGGAAGCCAUUAUGAAGGAGGAAUACAUUAUCACAGAUCGAGGUACUUGCCUCACGCUGAUGGGUGGGCCUAAGUAUCUCAAUGAUUAUUGUAUUCAGAUCUACCAGACUGGUGAAAAAGACGACCGACUGCUUAACCCAGCCGACAUAAUCACCUCAAAUAACCUUACAGAUCCCCACAAAGAAUCCGCUUGUAAUCGUAAACACCAUAGAUUCAACACUCAACUCAGGGGUGUCAAGAAUAACUGCCUGUUUACAACUGACAACUUGACAUUUUCUGUCUCUAAGGAUGGCUGCGGAGCGAUCAUAAUACCUCUACUUCUGCAACAGCGCGGCGAGGAACUACAUGUUACAGAAGAUCUGGUAGUACAGAUCGUUGAAAACGACCAUCGUGACGCGGAUAUCAUGAAGUCCUUAUUCAAAUUCAGAGACAAUCUUCCAAUCACCAAAGAGGUUUUUAAAGCAGUAGCUUCGAUUUGGUACCACGGGCAUGAAGCAAUGAAGAUUCUACUUUGUUACAAAGGGAACAAGCUUCCAAUCACAGAGAAAGUGGUUUUAGAAGCCGCAGGAAAUUAUGGAGUUGGGCGAAAGAUAUUGCAGCUGCUUUUUGAUUGCAGAGGAAGUGAGCUCCCGGUCACGGAGACAGUGAUAAUAGCAGCGUUGGAUAAUUGGAACUCUAGAAAGGAGGCAUUUUGGGGUUUUCCAAAACACGAGAGAAAUGAUUUGGAGGCAUUCAUAAAGAAGUUGGGUUAUGAGUUCGAGGAGUACUACGACCAGGUCCAGCAGGAUGGCUCAAAUACUGAUGAACGUAUAUUUAAAAGAGGCUGA